AUACAAAACAAUUGCCAAAUGUUAUCAUAUUUAUUGCGGACGACAUGGGAUGGGCUGACGUGGGCUACCACUCGGACCACGUGCUCACCCCUAACAUCGACACACUGGCGGCCGAUGGCAUAGUGUUGAACCACUAUUACACGCAUCCGGUGUCGUGUCCGAGUCGGGCGGCCCUACUGACGGGCGUACACCCCAUACAUACGGGGCUACAAAACUUUGUAAUCAUCAACCAGUCGCCCACUGGUCUGCCCCUACACUACAAACUAUUGCCACAGUAUCUCAAACAACACAAUUACGCCACACAUAUAGUCGGCAAAUGGCAUUUAGGUUACGCGCGCCGGGAGUUUACUCCCACCUACCGGGGCUUCGACUCGCACGUGGGCUUCUGGGGCUAUAAUAAACAGUAUUUCAAUCACACGGCGUGUGACACGUGGCCCGACGAGUGUGGGCUCGACUCUCGGCAUAACAUGACGUUCACGACCGACGGAACCGGCGUUUAUUCCACCCAUUAUUUCACCGACCGGUGCCUCCAUAUAAUAGAUGGUCAUAACAGCACAUACCAACCCCUGUUUCUAUACAUGCCCUACCAGGCCCUGCACGCAGCCCGUGCCAAACACACGGUUGCCCCACAAAACUAUAUCGAUAUGUUUGCGUACAUCGAAUCCGAUAAAAGGCGUCGAUUGGCGGCAAUGGCCUAUAGUGUGGACGAGUCGGUGGGACUGAUAGUCGAUAGGUUGCACUCGAAGGGAAUGCUCGACAAUAGUAUUAUUGUAUUUGCGAGCGAUAAC